AGGAACAAGUGAGUUUACAUAAACUCACAAUCUUUUUCCCUGCUGCACACACAGUUCAAGCACAGAUUUGAAGAUGAAGCUGCUGAUGCUGUUAGUGUUGUUGACAACAUGCACUGCAAGUCCUCAAGAUCUUUCAGGUAAAAUGUUCACCUUCCCUCUGAAAACCAACAACGCUCAUGUGAGACUGUUGACAUCUGUAGAUAGUUUGAGUGCUUUUACCGUCUGCCACAGGUCCUUUACAGACCUGAAGAGAGAUCAUGUGCUUUUCUCUAUGGCCACGCUUUCUAAUCCUAAUUCCUUCCUGACAUUUUGGGAUGCAACAAAUAAGGAGAUGGAGGUCCACGUCAAGGACAGAACAUCUGAUAUGGCAGGGCUGGACUACAAGCUGAACAUGUGGCACUCCAUUUGUACCACAUGGGAAUCUACAUCUGGAUUGGUGCAGCUGUGGUUUGAUGGACAACCUUUGGUUAAGAAAUUCACCACCUCUGGAACAAGAAUCCAAGGGCCCUUUAUAAUAAUUUUGGGACAGGAGCAGGAUUCACACGGUGGGGGGUUUGACAUUAAUCAAUCAUUUGUUGGAAUGAUGUCUGACGUCCACAUGUGGGACUACACCCUCUCCGCUUGCGAGAUUCACAACUACAUGGACGAUCUAAACUUCACUCCAGGCAAUGUGCUCAACUGGAGGGCGCUGGAGUUCCAGACCUUUGAUAGAGUUGUGGUAGAUAAAGAAGAAAUGACCUGUCAAUAAACUUUAUGUUAAAUACCAACAAUAUUUGAGAAUUUUAGAAAUGUACCUUUCUGUAAUUAAGAUCCAGUGUAGACAGAGAAUCUCAUAAAGACACAAUUAGGAAAAAUGCCAGGGUAACACAAUUUAAAGAUAAAGAUAAAGAUAAAGAUAAACUUUAUUGAUCCCCCGUGGGGGAAAUUUGUGCAUUACAGCAGCUCCAGAAAACAGGGGACGGGAAUAUAAUUAUUCAAAAUAAAAAUAGAAGUUAAAAUCAAAUCAAACAUAUUUACAUCAGUUAAAUAAAAAAAUACAAUAAUGUAAAAUUACACAGUAACUACACAGGAAAGGGUUUUGUUCUUAAAAAAACACACACAGUGUGUAGCAUGAGGUGGUGAUGCUGUUAAAGAAAUGGGUUUGUAUUCAUACAGUGGCUGUCAAGUGAAAUAGUCGAAAGUCGUACAUUAAGACAAAUGUGCAGCAGAAACAAAGCAAAUAAAAAAAGGACAUUGAAAGUCCACAACAAAUGCAACAAUUUAAACGUGCUGCAAAUGAAAAAAAAAAAAAUUGCUGCCAAAAGCUGAAAUAACUGCAUUAAGUCAGGGGAACAUUUGAUUAUUAAUGGGAGAGAGUGAGGGAGGCGAAGAAGUAAAGGUAUGGUUUGGAUGGGACAAUGAUAGUUUGCUGACAGGGAGUGUGAAGGCUACUACCAAUACAGCAACUAGGAGAUUCAAAGUGAGUCCAGCCAUUUAUGCGUUUAUUGAAAUGUUUCUGUGUUUCAUGAAAUAAUUUUUGUUUUGUGACACAUUUUCAGGUUUGAUUCAAUAUGUUUGUGUUUUGUGAAAUAUUUCUGUCUUCAUUAAAUAAUUUUUCCUUUGGUGAAA